AGUUAGGUAUGCAAACGUUAGUUUUGUAGCACAACAGAAGUUUCUCUUUUGUCGGUGUUUUUAGGAACACUCGUUCCUGUGCUGUUAGGUUCGAAUGCUAGUUAGCCUCGCCAAUAGUUGCUGAAGUUGGUUUGUUUCUUGAAAUAUCAUUUCGACUCGACAACGGAUAACUGAGCUUGCACCUAGCUAACUAAGUUAGCCAAACGAUAAAGACCGUGUUUCUCGCGAAGCAUCAACAUCAACUUUUUAUUUAUUCAACUAGGCUAGCUAAAUACCCCAGAAUGCUAGCGAAUUAAUGUCUGAGUAUUAAGGCACUUUCGCCGGACGAUGGAUGAGCUGGUUCACGACCUGGUAUCUGCGCUGGAGGAGAGCUCGGAGCAGGCACGGGGCGGCUGUGGUGACGGGGGCGACCAUGCCCUGACUGUGGGAUGCCUGUUGAAGCGCCAGGCCCGCAAGAGGCGUGGCAGAAAGCGGCGCUCGGACAACCCCCACCCCCCUUGGGAGCCAUGCCACCUUCAGAGUGAGGGAUCUGACUCCAGCCUGGAGGAACACAAGGGUUACCGCACUACCCAUCCAAAGGACAACAGUGACUCAGAUGAGCAGCUGCAGGGGCCGAAGCGCCGCCCCCCCUUCGCCCCGGAGGUAGGACGGGGCAAGAGGCCCCUGUGGCAUGAGGAUGCCCCUGGGGGGGAGGGGUUGGGCACCCGCAGCCUUCGGCGGCGGAGGAAGGUGAAGCGCAUGGCGGUGGACCCACCACUGGAGGUCACCAACAUGUUUACCCUGCCACUCUCCAAGCCGCACAGUAGCACCAGGGAUGUAGCACUGAGCCCAGAGAGCAAUGGACCUGAAACUGGGAAGAGUAGGGUGAAAAAAAGGAAACUGGCCAUCAGCAGGCAAGGCCCAGAGGCCACUGAUGAAGGAGUUGUUGUGGAGACAGAGGAAAUGGGUCAAUCGGGUAAAGACAAAAUGGACAACGAGGAGCACAAAGGAUCAGACGAGGAGAUGAGUGACAGUGAAACUAGCAGUGUGAGUAACAGCAGUGACGGAGGCUUGUACACCAAUGAUGAGGGGAGACAAGGUGAUGAUGAACAAAGUGACUGGUUCUAUGAUGGUGAGCCGGGUGGAGCCUGCGGCAUUGCGGGGGUGAUACCCUGGUGGGAGAAAGAGGACUCUUCUGACCUAGAGAGGGAGCUGUCUGACCCUGUUUUCAACAGAAUUCUCACUGGAUCCUUCCCCAUCAUGUCCCAGAAAGCACAGGGAGUUUUUCAGGCCAGGCUGAAUUGUCUGCAUGGUGUUCCUUCCUCCACAGCAGUUCUUCAGCAAACCCAGGCAAAGAGCAGCUCUCCUGGCUGUACUGAGAGGCUAGCGCGGCUCUCCCAGGAUCCCCACCAUGACCCAUGGUAUAGUCCUGGAACCAGGAGGGAACAUGGGCAGCUACUAUGGGACACACGAACAGACCGAGGCCACCGCCAUAGCUGCUCAUUAAAAACUGCCAACAGACAGACGAGUGUUCACCUGGGCUCCCUGUGCACAGGAGACGUCAAGAGGAGGCGCAAAGCAGCACCUGUGGUGGGAUCUAGCACAACAGAUCAGGGCCGUGGUGGCAACAGGGCAAGCAGAGCAGCCCAAGACAUCCUUUUCCCCAGCAACUUCUGCCAGUUCUCGGUGGAUUCCAAGCAGGUCUUGUGGGUGAGAAUGCCCUGCCCAUCCCAGAGAGUAACGUGGGUAACCGGAUGCUGCAGAGCAUGGGCUGGUCUCCUGGCAUGGGCUUGGGACCAGAGGGAAAAGGCAUCACUGAGCCAGUUCGUGCCCUGCAGAGGCCCAAGGGAGCCGGGCUUGGGUUCAACUGAACCUGCCAUUGCACUCCAAAGACGUACACCUCCGAUCCGCUGCUUCUGACUGGCUGUUGUAUCAGACCCUUGUGCCAGUUAUAGCAUAAUAAAGAUGGUGCAUGGGUUCAGCAUAUCCAGGCACAGAAUAGACAACACACAGAUAACAAUCAACACCCUGCUUUGUAUGUUAAAAUUCUGUACAUCCUGAAUAAAAGGAGCCAUUCCUUUGUAAAUACACAACAAA